GAUGGAGAAGCUGGAGCAGGAGAAUACAGAUAUGAUGGCCAGAUUGAAAAUCUGUGAAAACGAGGUGGAGGAGCUCAAGAGACAGAAUGCAGACCAACCAAAGGUGGCGUUCUCAUUUGGUCUCACUGACAACGGACAAAUUGGACCCUUCAAUACUGACAUCACACUUAAGUUCAGUAAAGUCAUCACCAACAUUGGUCAGGCCUACAGUCCAUCUACAGGUCUCUUCACAGCCCCAGUCAGAGGAGCCUACUACUUCUCAUUCACUACACUGGAUGGCCGGAGUAACGUAUACAGGCGUGUUUAUCUCUAUCACAAUGACAAGAGAGUGUUGUUCAGUUAUAAUUACAGUGCAAAUGUCUACGAAAGUGUUUCUAAUUCACUGGUUCUUCAGCUGGAAAAGGGGGAUGUGGUCUACAUGGUUUUACCUGGUGGCUGUAGUGUAUAUGAUGAUGCUGAUGAUUUUACUACCUUUAAUGGAUUUCUGCUUUUUCCACUGUGAGACUCAAACAUGAGAAUUGAUUUACCCCCAAAUGUUUGGCAUAGUGUAUAAACAAGUCAUACAGUAUUCAUGUGUAUAUGAAAGGAUGCACAUUGUUGCUGUGUUGACUUUGCUCUGCAACAAACUACAUAUGAAAUAAAAGAAUGAAUAUGAGGUUAAA